AUGAGUAUUGAAGAAAGCAUACGGUCAAUUCAUAACGCUCUAAAUAAACUGGGAACUACUAUUGAAAAUGUAAUAAAAAUUCAGGAUUAUUCAGUAUCUGAAGACUUUGAUUAUCUGCGCAGUUCAGAACCUAUACCUAUUCUCUGCAAUGAAAGUUUUGAAUUUGAAGAAUCGAUUAUUCGCCAAAAGGGCGAUGAUAACGAGCUUGCUAUUCUUCUUGAGCAAGAGCGAAAAAGGUGCGAAGAACUAGAAAAAGAAAUAAAUAGGAAGAAUCAGUUAAUAGACGAAAUGAAAGACUUGCAAAAUGAAUUAUUCGCCAAUUUUGAACAGCAAAAUAAUUCUUAUUCACUAAAAGAAAGUGGAUAUAAAGCUUUAGAAGAAAGAUAUACUCAAAGAUUAGAAUUUGCCGAUUUGCAAUGUUGGUUAUUAAAUCGAGAAAUUAUUGAAUUAAAUUCCAAGGUAGAACAAAAUCAUUUGGAAGAAGAAAAAUAUUUAGCUCAAAUUAGCGAUUUAAAAAUGAAUUUGGAAUUUAAAAAUAUAGAGAUUUUGAGAUUAAAAACAGAAAAUGAAGAAUGAAAAUGCAAUAAAAAUGAUGAAAUUGCAUUGAAAAAUGAAAAUCUUCGUUUAGUGAAAAAAAUUGAUGGCCUAUACAAGACUGUUGCAGAAAAAGAAAGAGAUAUAGAGAUAAUCAAAGAAGUGAAAAAUGAGUUCGAAAAUAAAAUUUUAAAAUGACAGAGGUAUAAGUUAUAAUAGUGGACUUGAAAAUAUUAAAAAAAAUCUAGAGAAGCUAGAGAAGCAUUGAGAAGAGAUUUAUGACGCUUUGUGUGAUCGUGAAUGUGCCAAAAUGAAUAGCGCGAUAGCUGAAAUUAGAAGCAGUAUAGAUGAAUUCGAGCAAUCUGACAGUGAAUUUUCCAUGGAAUCCCUUAGUCACUCAGAAGAUUCCUUAACUCAUAAAACUAUUUUGGAAAUGGAACAAGGACAAAUAAUUGAUCUUUACAAAAAACUAAAAAAUUUAAUGGUACAGUUUUUGCCUGAAGGAACUUCAAUGGAAGAUUUAACUCCUAGUAGAAUAUGGAAAUGACUGAUAGUAAUUUUCGAAGAGCAUAUGGAACUGAAAAUGAGUUUGGAAGGCAAUUUUGUAGAAAAGUUAUUUAAAACACUCAAGGUUAAAAGUGCAAAAUCUGCUAUGAGAAUUAUAGAAAAUUUUCUAAAGAAAUUAUAA